AUGACACAGCUUUUUGCGUCCAGUCCGUCGGCCAUGGCAAACAAUGAAAAGCGUGGCAACUUUCCCGGCCUCUCGCUGCCGUCCCGAAAACACUCCAACGACUCUGGCCACCUGCCCACCAAGAUCAGGAACUUUUUCCGGAUCAACAGUUCCAGCAGUCACUCCUCUCCCCAUAGCGGAAAUCCGGUCAAUAAUGACCGCGAGCGAGAGAAAGAAAGUCCCGCGAAGAAUGAAAAAUCCACUUUCCGACAGUCUCGAUUUCUCCCUGUUAUUGGUCGCAACCGCUCGGCAACCGUCGCAAGCGAGGGCAACCCUCUUGAUGAUAGUGUUUCGCCUACCGCGACCGCGAAUCCCUACUUUGCCCACCAGGGCCAACCCGCAUUGCGACAUCGGAAUGACGGAUCUGUCCCCUCAUCCCCUCCCGAUACCCCCGAGUUGCAGGUCACCGGGGUCUCAGCAGUGGAGCAGGCCGCCACUGCCAACAAGGAGGAACUGGCUCGCAAACUACGCCGUGUGGCGUCAGCCCCCAAUGCCCAGGGUCUGUUUGCGAACGAUCAGGACGGCCGUUCCCAGACGGCAGAUAUGGGCAAGGAGCCUUUUGUGGAGGUUCCUGGCCCCGAUGGAUCGGUGGGCCUUGCCAACUCGAUGACCGAACAGGCUUCUGUUCUCACCGUGCCGCUCAUUGGUACCAACAACAAAAUCGGGGCCAACAAUGCCCCCUUCCGUCGAACAUAUAGCUCAAAUUCGAUUAAGGUUCGCAACGUGGAGGUGGGACCCGCCAGCUUUGAUAAGAUUAAGUUGAUUGGCAAGGGUGAUGUUGGGAAAGUCUAUCUUGUUCGCGAGAAGAAGUCGAGCCGCCUCUAUGCCAUGAAGGUCCUGAGCAAGAAGGAAAUGAUCAAACGUAACAAGAUCAAGCGCGCCCUGGCUGAGCAGGAAAUCUUGGCCACAAGUAACCACCCAUUUAUCGUUACCCUGUACCACUCCUUCCAGUCCGAGGACUACCUCUACCUCUGCAUGGAGUACUGUAGUGGUGGUGAAUUCUUCCGAACCCUCCAAACCCGACCUGGGAAAUGCAUCACGGAGGAUGCCGCCCGCUUCUAUGCUGCCGAGGUUACUGCUGCCCUCGAGUACCUCCACCUAAUGGGUUUCAUCUACCGUGACCUCAAGCCAGAAAAUAUCCUCCUCCACCAAUCUGGCCACAUCAUGCUUUCGGACUUCGAUCUUUCCAAGCAGUCUGGCCCGGGUGGUGCUCCCACCAUGAUUCCCGGGCGAAGUGGCGGAACAUCCACUGCGGCUUUGCCCACUAUUGAUACCAAGUCAUGCAUUGCCGAUUUUCGAACUAAUUCGUUCGUGGGAACCGAAGAAUACAUCGCCCCCGAGGUGAUCAAGGGAUGUGGUCACACAAGUGCCGUUGAUUGGUGGACACUAGGUAUUCUUAUAUAUGAGAUGCUCUACGGAACCACCCCUUUCAAGGGCAAGAACCGUAACGCAACCUUCGCCAGUAUCUUGCGGGACGAGGUGGCAUUCCCCGAACACUCGGGUGCACAGCAGACUUCCAAUUUAUGUAAGUCUUUGAUUCGCAAGCUCCUGAUCAAGGAUGAAACCAAACGUCUUGGUGCUCGUGCCGGUGCCUCCGAUGUCAAGACCCACCCCUUCUUCCGCACAACCCAGUGGGCGCUUAUCCGCCACAUGAAGCCGCCUAUGAUCCCCCAUCAGGGCCGUGCCGGUACCGAUACCGUGAACUUCCGCAAUGUCAAGGAGAGUGCCAGUGUGGACAUUGGUGGCACCAACCCGUCAAAGAUGAAGGGAGUUCCAAUGGACUCUGGACUGGCCACCCCGACUGGUGAACUGAACGAUCCUUUCGAAGAGUUCAACAGCGUGACGCUCCACCACGAAGGGGAUAUAUGA